UGUUCUCAAACAACUGGUAGAAAGGGAUGGCAUUCCAAAAGAAGUGAAGGAUAACUAUAUGGAUAAUAUUAAAUGGAUAUCAGAGGCAAAAGAGCACAAACUAGUGGUGGGAAGUCAGGCGAGGAUUUUAUACUCCGAUCAAAUCGGAAGAGUAAGCAUUGGUCUGGCGUUCAACGAAGCCAUCAAAAACAAAACUAUCAAAAGUCCAAUCAUUUUAUCGCGAGAUCAUCACGACGUGAGCGGCGCUGACAGUCCUUUCCGAGAGACCUCUAAUAUAUACGACGGCUCAGCCUUUACAGCGGAUAUGGCGGUCUCGACAGUUAUCGGCAAUUCGGGCAGAGGUUGCACUUGGGUUGCCCUUCACAAUGGCGGCGGGGUCGGUUUCGGUGAAGUCAUUAAUUGUGGCUUUGGCUUAGUUCUGGACGGCUCUCAAGAAUCACACGAUAAAGUGGUUAAUAUAUUGGGUUGGGAUGUGAUGAAUGGCGUGAGUCGGCGCUCGUGGUCUGGCAAUCAAUUGGCUCGACACACCAUUCAAGACAUUAUGCAAAACAACAGCAAAGUUCGGGUCACACUUCCCAAUGAAGUGGACGACAAUGUUGUCAACCAUUUGUGAUGGCAUUCAAACACAACUCAAACUAUUCCGACAAAAGUUACAAAACUAACCCUUUUCUUGAGUGAUGUCUUCUUUGCCACUCUUAUAACCACUAACUUUACAACCACUCGACGAGACAUUGAUUUGAUUUCUGCUCAAAGCCUCCACAGUAUUGUCAAUCUUUAUCGACAACCACUCCAUUGUCUUCUGACUAUUAUAGCGGACAUACAUUUCUUCGUUAAUAUCUG